AUGUUGAAAUUUAGUUAACAUUUGCUUAUAUUUUUUCCGUGUAUUUGUCAUUUUAUUUUCAACGCUUGUUAGUUCGCCCGCACUGGCGAAAAUUUUUGUUGAGGCAGCAAGUAUUGAUGUUCGCUACAAUGGCCGCGGUGCGCAGUGAGCAUUGGCGAAUGCUGCUUGUGAAAAUGAGAUGCAUAUAGUUUUUUGCAGUCUUCGCUGUAAAUUGUGCUGUGGUGAAGGAAGAUUUGUAGUGUACGCGUUUAUUUUGGUUGCUGGUUGCUGGUCGCUGGUAUUAAAGUGUAGUAGCGUUUUGUGUAUUGGUGUGUAAUUUUCUAGCUCUGUAAGGAGUAUUGACUACAAAAUGAAAAAUAAAAGUAAAUCUGGUUCCAAAACUGAGUUCUUAGAAGUAAAUUGUGUGAAAUUAAUUCAGUUAGUACGUAGCAAUGAAGUUCUUUAUAAAAGUGACAAUAGCUUGUACAACGAUAAAAUUUAUAGAGAAAAAGUAUGGGAACGUAUCUAUGCUACUUUGUUUCCAAAAUAUUCUUCAAUGGACGAAAAAACGAAGGAAAUUGUUGGAUCAAGCGUACGAAGACGUUGGAAGACGUUGCGAGAUUCAAUAGCACGCGAAGUUAAAAAGAACGCAACGGUUGAAAAUUAUAUACGUAAAAAGGAGAGUCCAAUUAUUGCUGAAUUAGAGUUCCUUAUACCACACAUUAAGAGUUCACAUUGUGCCAGACUUGCUGAAGAGCUUGGUUUACGAGAUACUGCUAAUUAUUCGUAUGAAACCGAAGAUCCCGAAGAUGAAGAGUCAAGUAGACUAAUUGACCUAACUGAGGAUUAUGACAUUAAACCAGAUAUUAAAAUGGAUGCAUCGUAUGAAGCAUUUGGUAAUAGUGUAGAUGAAUCCACUGAUAUAUAUCUCGCAGAUGCACUUAUACCUGCAGUUCAAAUGAAUGUAUCAGAUGCUAUUUUUAAGGAAUCAACAAAUAAAGACUUAGACCAAUCACAAAAUACAGUCAGUUCAAAUAUAAAUACGACAAUUUCUUCACCAGUAAUAUGUAGUAAUCCUACUUCAAGCCAAAGUGUCUUAAACAGUUGGAACACCGAAUACUGCGCUGUAGCGCAGUAUAAAGAAGGUGAAUUUAUGAAUUCCACGGUACUUUGUCCUAGCCCCAUAAAUGAAGAAAAACACGUUGACGAUAAUAAAACUUCAGUACAACAGAAGAAACGUCCUCGGUUGGAACAUGAAGAAUCAACGGAACUACAAGCAAAGAUUUUACAGUUGCUUACCAAUUUAGAGCGCAGAGAAAUGAACGAACAGCGAGCAGAAAAAGACAAUCAAGAUGAAGAUCGGAUGUUUUUACUCUCUUUGGUUUCAGACAUAAAACGAGUGCCUCCUUCAAAAAAAAUGUUGAUUAAAGCUGAAAUUGUUACAGCUAUUGCACGUGCCAUUCCAUAAACACAUUUUUUUAACUACCUAAUAAGUCAUGAAUUAUCAGAUUGUUAUUCUGUGCUUAACUAAUUAUGCUAGAAAUGAGUUAAGCAGUCAAAUUAUUUAUAUGUUAUGGCGUUUGUAAAAUACUAUACACAUACAUUUAUAAAAUCUCAUCACAUUUCUAUAGCAAAAAUCGUUUCUUAUAAUGGAAAUCGUUUUAUAAAUUCGGAAAUUUGUUAGCAUAUGUGCAGAAACCGUCGAAUAUUCGGCAUAUUUAACGGAUAGAAUUCUUUGUUCCAUAUCGUCUUAGAUUAAAAUUUUAAAUGUGGUGAUUGAUAAUUACAUCAAUUAUAUUAAGCAGCUGAAAAGCGAAAAUAAUUCAAUUUAUGUGUGUAUGCAUUUAUUUUACAAAAAUGUGACCAAUGUAAAAGGGAUUUA